ACUCCCCGAUUUUCCACCAUCUAAGUAUUUCCUCAUUAAGAUGAAUGGUUUGCUUUGUUUUGCUACCAUUACAGACGAGAUCAAGUCCAAACCAAAACCGAGGAGAUCAAGAAUCCUUGAAGGCAUUUUCGGAUUGAUUCUUUUUUUUAUUUCAUGGACCAAUAAUAUUGUACGGUAGUAUUGUUCUGUAUUAAUAGUUAAUAAUUACUUAUUUGUAGUAUGUAUAUUUCCUAUGUAUUUUUAUUUUUAUUUUCACAAGAAUGUUGGCUAAUUGCCGAUGUACUUUAUAUAAUCAAUUCCAUUUUCAUAUAGAUA